AUGUCGAAGCUAAUACCAUUGACACUAGCAAAUUCAAGGGCAGUAAAUUUGUCUGUUAGGUGGACUAGUACAAUCAAUCGUAGUACUAAGACAAACGGCUCCAGGGAUCCACAAAGUACUGCUGCAAAAGGAAAAUCGGUGAACGAAUUCAUACAGAAAGUAUUAAAACUGAAGGACAUAAAGAGUGUUGCACCUGAAUCAGCAUUAUAUUCAGUUCUAUCCGACAUAGGUGCAAAGCAUGGCUUGAAAGAUAUCAAAAACAAGAAAACGUUUGCUAAUCUGCAAUUACUGCUCCUGCAGAAGAGAAUUUCCGAUGGUGAAAUCUCAGAGUGUCUCACAAAAUUGGAUAACCAUAAAGAAAUCACUAACAUUGUUAGUCCAAUCCAUCCAAAUGCAAAGCAACCAAUCAAGAAGAAAGUGAUCCAUGUCAAUCUAAAACCUUCAACAGCUAAACCGAAUCACAACUUGGACGAUGAUACUAUUUCAAGUGGACUGGCAAGAAAAUCCGCUGAUCAAUCCAAAGUAGCUGGUAAAUCAACAAAAGGGGAUAUAGAUAUCAAAGCGCUAGAAAACUACCUGGAUCUAAUUGAAUUAAGGGAAAAGCAAAAGCAGAAUAUGCAAAAUAUGACCAAGCGUGCCUAUAAAUGGGAUGAAGUUACUAGUAAUGUGGGUGUUUCACCCGGAAAGAUGAUUUUUGGUUCAGACAUAAAUACAACUACUAAAUCAAAUAUAAAGAUACGAAGAAUGACUAAUAAAAUUGCUACUGUAACUGGGUUCCUGAAUAAAAGUAAAAAAAGAUAUAAGCCCAUUUUGAUCUACGACCUUUCAUCAAAAGAGACAACAAACAAAUUAUUAGGAAAGAAUUUUAAUUUAUUUAAUGUUAAUCACACUGACUUAUUUGGGAUAAUCAAUGCAGCACACUUUCCACCCGAGGAAAUACUGGGACUUAUAAGUAAAUUUGAAGAUGACGGGUGGAAGUUGAUUGGUAAUAUUCACGAUAAGGAAUACUGUGUUGUAUUUCAAGGUGAUGAAUCAAAGUUGAUAGUUGAUAACAAACCUAAUAUCUUGAUUCCUACUGCAUUGAUGUUGGUUGGUUUUGGCUCUUUGUAUUAUUAUUACGUCAAUUAUUAUGACGAGGAACAGUCUAAAGUAGAAGAGGACAAUUAA